AUGGCCGCGAUCGGGCCCGACGAAGCGGUGAGCAUAGAGGCGGCGGGCGGACCGCAGGCUACAACCUACGGCGAGCUGACGUCAAUUGGGUUUCGGCAGCUCUUCGGCGACUUGGGUGAGAGUGACAAAUUUGUCGAUCUCGGCAGCGGCACUGGGAAGCUGGUGAUGCAGGCCGUGCGUGAGCUUGGCGUCGAUAGCGCGGCGGGCGUCGAGCUGAACGCCGCUGGGGACGAGGCCGCGAGAAUGCUCGAGACGGCAACCGCGGUCUGGCUCUCCAACCUGUGCUUUGACGAGAGGCUUAAUAGACGGAUCGUGGCGCGGCUCGAGGCCUCGCCGACGGUGCAGCGCAUCUGGGCGCUGCGUCUCUUGCCCGAGGUGCCACGAGGGUUUGACAUCGAGAGCGCGCGGCUAGCGGAGUGCUCAUGGACGCGCCAAGCCAGCCAGACGGGCUUGCUUCCAAUGCCGGGCCACCCUUGCGUGAGCUACAUUAGGACAUUGCGUUCUUAG